AUGCAAGUGUGCGUGAUAGCUCACCGAGCACGACACUCGCCUCUGCGAUCGCUGCUGUGGCUGCUGCGGCUACUUCCUGGAAAUCUGCCCAAUGUACGUCACAGUACGCGAACAAGUCUAUUAGCCGCGGCGGCUGUUGCUGCCCCAUAUAGUGUUGGAUUUGGAGCUGCGUUAAGAGGCGAACAUCGCGGUGAUCGAUGUUAUGCACCAGGUUAUGAAUGUGCUCGAUUUGCUCGAAGAGCGUAG